AUGACGGCCCCGACUACAAGCACCGCUCCCAAGGAGCCCAUUCAGUCUGUCCAGGUUUUUGGCAGAAAGAAAACCGCCACUGCUGUUGCAUACUGCAAGCGUGGACAUGGACUCAUUAAAGUGAAUGGAAGGCCGCUAUCCAUUAUUGAACCGCGCCUUCUCCAAUACAAACUCUACGAACCCAUCUUACUGUUGGGCAAGGACCGGUUUGCUGGCGUUGACAUCAGGAUUAAGGUUAAGGGUGGUGGUCACGUUGCCCAGGUUUAUGCCAUCAGACAAGCCAUUGCCAAGUCCUUGGUUGCCUACUACCAGAAAUAUGUGGAUGAAGCCUCCAAACAAGAGAUCAAGGAUAUCCUCAUCAACUACGAUCGUAGCCUGUUGGUCUCCGAUCCUCGUCGCUGCGAAGCCAAGAAGUUCGGUGGUCCAGGUGCCCGCGCCAGAUACCAGAAAUCUUACCGAUAAACUUGUACCCUGUUUGUCAGAGAGCUGGUCUGUUGUAUCUUGUUUUGUGAAGAAAGAAAUACGACAAGCCAAGAUUUCGAAA